AUGUCACAAGAGGAAAAGGAAAAGUCAAGACGCAGUUUCUUAGGCGUGUUUAACAGAUCGCGACAUCCUAGAAAUGACACGCUGGGUAGGGAAGUUGAUCCAACCGUCUCUUUGCUCGAACUACCGGAUUGUCAGGCUAUAAUCAAUGAACUUCAGAAAGCACCAAACCCGAAUGCUCGUGCUAAAAUAGUGCAGGAUCUGUGCGGUUCGGUUACUAAGUACACGUUUAACGACAUGACUGACCUAUGGCCGUCUGUUAGGGAUUUGUUGGGCGCGGACAUGCCGACUGAAGCGAGACACUCGGUAUUUCAGCUUAUGAUAUCUUAUAUACAGGAACAAUCUAAUGAUUCAAGCGUUCUUCGCGCAAUGUUUUAUGAUUCAAUUAAAAACCAUAAUAUACGCGAAGACUUUAGAAUUAGAAUAGCUGCUUUACGUGAGUUAUGCAAUAAUGGUAGAAAUAUAUCCCCAUUUGAAAAAAAUGUAGGUAAAAUGCUUGCUGAAUGGCUCAUCGAAUGUAUUAACCGAAUGAGCAGUGAAUCAACUGCAACAACGUUGGGUGGAUCCACGAUUACUACGACCACGAUUUCUUCUGAUUUACCGUCACAAGAAGCAACAGAGUUACAAGAUAUACUUUCAUUGUUGAUCAAUGUAGUCAAAUUCAGCUUUGCUCAAUUUGAAGAAAGGGAUAUCGUCAAGCUAAUUGAGAAUGUAGCUGAAGUACCGAAACAUUCAACAAACGUCUCCGACGUAUCGUCUUGUCUUGGCUUCUGGGAUGUGGUGGUGCGGUUUGGUUAUGUACCUGAGGCAUCGGUUAAGUUAUAUGUAGAAGUUCUCUGUGAAUUAAUUAAUAUCGAACAGCUAUCACAGACGACUUGGCAUGUUAUGGAUAAUUUAUUGAAAGGACAUUGUGCAUAUUCGGCCAUUAGAGUAUUAUGUAACAAUUUGGAAAAUGCAACGGAAAUAGACUCCAUACGAAUGCUACGUGGAUGUGUGAAACUGUUGGGUAUGGCAAUUUCGGGAACAAGUAAUGAAGGUAUCGUGAGCUCGAUGAGCUCAGCCGCACUCUAUUCGAUGCGCAAGGCUGUUGGCCGUAGAGACAUUGGAUUACAUCACGAGACAUUAUUACAGAUAGUCAACAUUCUUUCGAGACCUGACAGAAAUAUCACUUGUCUUGAAUGGGAAGUAGUCAUGGACAUUAUGGAAACAACUCGAUACCAUGUGGUUGACAGAGGGUCAACUGUGGAAACAUCGACAACUACUGCAAAUGAUAAUGAGGUUGAGGCCAUAAUUGCAACAUACAGUCAAUUGAUAUUCCAGAUACAGUCACUUCAUGCUUCCUCAUUAUUCAACGGGCCGACUGCUCGUUUUAUGUCUCUAAUACAGGAUCUUCAUAGCCGUGUAUCAGAGUCUUCUAUCAUAAUGUUAUUAAAAUACUAUGCGGAUGAGUAUUCUUUUUAUCCAUCAUCGCCAGACUGGUUGAUAUUAUUGGUAGAUGUAAUUAAAAUUUUCUUUAUAAAUCAUUCUUCAUCAGCGGUACGCCAACGAGUGCUUGCCAUGACCAUUGAUGUAUAUGAAGCAACCAAAGAUUUUUAUUAUGAAAAAGUAAUUGAGGCAGCUAUAUUACCGUUGUUAAGAGAAUUGCACAAGGAGAAUGAUAUGACAGUGUUCGAAAGUGCUAUGGAUUUCCUAAUCGAUGUUAUCAAAGAAUCAAAUGAUCAAUGGUUUUCACCCUUUCUCAGAAUACUUGUUCAGUGCACAGAGUGCUCGUGUCCACAAAACUUACGUCAGCGUUAUACUCACAUAGACACUUGCAAAGCAUUUAUAUCGACUAUCGGUAUAAUUAAUGUCUUUCAGCAUACAUUAUAUAAGGACAACACAUCUCUGCAAGUCCUAGAAAUAUUCUCCGAGAUGUUAAAGAUUUUGGACAAUUCAUCCGCCUCUGUCAAUUCUCGUCUUGCUCUGUUGCAAUGCUUACUCAGGUUGCGCGUUAAUAGAGAUCACCGAAUCUAUAUACUUGAAAGUCUAGGAAGCGUAAGCGGGGCUACAGUAUUACAUAGAGACAGCACGGUGACAGCAGUGUUUGAUAGGAUCUUCUCAGCAGCAAAUGACAGAAUGACAAAUUUAUCCAAUAUCGAAAAUCAACCAAUUGAUAGCAACUUGCAUAGGAAGACUAGUUGGAGACAAAAGAUUACAUUAUCGUUGUUAGAUAGAAGAGUCUACAAAGAAAGCAAACAACCUUCGGAGGAUAGUGAGACUAGUAAGCCAACGGAUGAACAACGUUUAUGGAACGAACCCGAAUUACUACCAUUUACAGUCACAGCUAAUCAUCCAAGCCCAUAUGUUGUAUCGCAUGAUGGCACAUCGACGACAAACGGAACUGCAGAUAACACGGUAUCAGAUACAAUUACUUCUAACAAGAUAGUUAUUCCAAUUGGAAAUUAUUUGGAAAUUUUAAUUAAGAUAUUGGCAAACGAGAAGGAUUGGGAAUUAUAUUCAUACGUGCUAUGUCAUCUGUCAUUACAACUGAGCACGAAACAUCUCUUUUGCAAUGCAUAUCCUCAAAUAUUAGCUCUCCGAGAGCUUUUAUGCGUAUCUAUUACCAGCAACCGUUUAUACGAAAGCCCCCCAUCCGGCGUCGAGAAAGCGAACAUAUAUGUAGUCGCUUACCAAAUACUUACUAUGUUAAUUGGCUAUCGUAGUAUAUUCAAUCGAAAUCAAAGUGAUGGGCUAGUAUUAGCAUUCAAAGCGGGCCUUCGAAGAGGGUCCGCCUCUGCAAAACCGUGCAUACACGCGUUGAAUAUUUGUUGCUUUGAACUCGCAUCAUCCAUGACUCGAGUCUUGCCUGAAACACUAAAUACCUUGGCACAGAUAAUCACGACAACGACAAUGAGUGUACAUAUUCUUGAAUUCCUGUGCGGACUGGCGAGGUUGCCUCAGUUAUAUGUCAAUUUCAUUGAAAGUGAUUUUAAAAGAGUGUUUGGUAUCGCUAUUCAGUAUAUUCAACACAACAAAACUGGAAACGAUGCUCAACAAGUAGCGAAUCCGUUAGCACAGUACGAAAGAAUUAUGGCCUAUCAAGUGAUUUUUGCUUGGUUUACAGCACUUCGACUUUCAGAGCGCCGAAAAUACGUGCCAUUCAUUGUAAGUGGUUUACUAACAGCUGAUGAGAAAAGAUCAGCCGAUAAAAAAACGGACGAUAAAAAUCACGAAAUAGAUGAGCAGACGGAGACAUGCUUUGACAUGCUUGCAAGAUAUGCAUUUGCAAAUUGCGACCCGAAACGCGAGAAAUCAUUUAUUAAUGAAUUGCUUAAAAACUGUGAUAAAGACAAGAUUACUUCUAAAACUUGGUUACAAGGACACGCAUUUGUCACCAUGCGAACAUUUAAGACACUGGGCUGUGCAGAGAUUAUUAUACGCAGACCGUCCGGGACCGUUACUUUCUUAACUAAAUUAGAUAACAGAAGUAAGUUUGAUGACAUUGAAUUUGUCUCCUUGCCAGAAACCCUCAUGGCAGAUAAUGGUCUUGAGGAGACAAAAAUAGGGCUUGACAUUGGCUCAGGGUUGGGUAUUCAUUCUGUGACAGAAGAUAAGUUAAUUGUUAAUUCUGAAGGAAAGUCUACGAGUGCUAGUAUAGUUGAUGCUGCAGAAAGAUCCCCCGCUACUUCUGAACAAUCUCCGGCCAUAACGAAUACAAGUGUCGAAUCUCUCACACCGGAUAACCAACUCUCACCCCGCGUCACUCAACACGUACGCACACAAAGCGAUGGUAGCCCACUCAUGACGGGAGAAAGUAAUAGUCCCAUUCGUAGAGGUAUCCAUGCACGCAAGACUUCUGCAGACAAACGCAUAUAUCGCAAAGAUGAUUCUAAUAUCGAUCCUAGCUUUCUUUUCCUUCAAUUAUCACCAUAUCCCGAUCUUACUCCGGGCACGGGUCUAUGGCUGCUGCCAGAUGAUGGGCCCACAGAGCGCGCUUUGAAUGUAUUGGAUCGUACGCCUGUCGUUGAUUUCCAUAAAGUCAGCGUUGUUUAUGUUGGUAAAGGUCAAACAACAGAGACUGAGAUAUUAGCCAAUAUGCGUGGUUCUCAAAACUAUAUCAAAUUUUUGAACAACCUUGGUAAUCUGGUCCGACUUAAGAACAGCAAAGAUGUCUAUGUUGGAGGCUUAGACACUAGGAACGACUCAGAUGGAGAAUACGCUUACUAUUGGAAAGACGAUAUAAUACAGCUGAUAUUUCACUGUGCGACGUUGAUGCCGACGAACCUAGAAAAUGAUCCACAAUGCUCAUCAAAAAAACGUCACAUAGGCAACAACUAUGUCACCAUAGUCUAUAAUGAUUCUGAUUUGGACUAUGCUUUCAACACCAUUCCCAGCCAAGUCAAUUCAAUCAAUAUUAUAAUCUCUCCUCACUCCGAAAAUCCAAUCAGACCCGGCACAUCACCUUACGUGGGCAUAAACUCUCAAACUACGUUCUUCAAAGUGCUCAUGCAACGACGUCAUGAUAUGCCGGAAAUAGGUCCCAUAUCGGAUUUCAAGAUGAUAUCUGGUGACGCAUUACCAGCCUUUGUACGUCAGAUAGCAAUGCAUGCAAAUAUAUAUGCUCAUAUUUUCCGUGAAACUUCUCGUGGGAUUGAAUAUUUGUCUCAUUGGAGAGAUAGGCUGAGGCAGAUUAAGAACUUCAAAAAACGGUUGAUGCCGGCAGUAAGCGAGCCUGUGAUAGGUACACCUGGUAAAGGUAGUGCUGUUAAUACAAGGGCCGAUGAUCAUGUUGGUGAGCAGGUUGUUGGGCUGGAACCGGUUAUUAACUUUACACGGUAUACAUGA